CACAACACAAGUACGUUUAGUUAACCAGUUGUAAUGAAGAAGCUAUCCCUGUGUUUGUUGGUGGUGUGUUUCCUGGCUGGGUGGUCCUCUGCUUCCAACUACAGCAGAACUGUCUCUUAUGAUGACCAACUGGUCAUAAGAUGUGACAAGCAGAGUGACAUGAUUGGCUAUCUCCUGUCUCAUGAUGAGGUAGAUGUGUGGGCAAUGACUGGAGAGCAUGCUGAUGUGAGACUCCAUUACAGUCUGUAUCAAAGUAUGAGAGACCAGCUCCCAGAGUGCACUGUCUUGCAUGCCAGUGUGGAGGCACUAGUGCAGCAGUGGGAGAGGAACAUGGAGGAGACCAGCAAGUCCAAUAAGACAGCUGCAGGGUGGUUUGAAGAAUAUCAUAAGUAUGAGGACAUUGUGAAGUGGUAUGAAGAGCUUGCUAGUAGUAACCCAGGUAUUGUCAAGUUUGUGGCUAGUAUUGGUAAGUCAGUGGAGGGAAGAGACCUUCCUGCUGUACACAUCGGCACUGGAGCAAUGCAGAUCUACUUUCAGUGUCAGAUUCACGCAAGAGAAUGGAUUUCAGGUGCUACUUGCAUGUAUAUAGCCAACUACCUUGCAGAACGCAAAGAUGAAGAGGUGAUCAACUUAUUGAAGAAUGUGACGUUUAUAUUUGUGCCAAUCGUGAACCCGGAUGGAUAUGCGUACACCUGGACAGGAGAUCGAUUGUGGCGCAAAAACCGUCACACUAAUUCUGGUUCGAGCUGUAUCGGAGUGGACCUGAACAGAAACUAUGACGACCAUUGGAAUGGAGGUGGCAGUUCCGGUAAUCCUUGCAGUGAAACAUACCAUGGCCCAAGUGCGGCCUCUGAGCCAGAAGUACAGCACACUGUAGCAUAUUUCGAGGCACAAAGUGACAUCAUUGGUGCUAUUGACUGGCACUCUUACAGUCAGCUCAUUCUCAGGCCUUAUGGCUGGAGCUAUGACAACAGCCCAGACGAUGCUCGACUCAAAAGCCUUAGUGAGGAUAUGAGCAUGGCAAUAAAGAAAGUACAUGGAAUAAAUUAUACUGCACAGAAGAUAGCCGAUCUUUAUAUAGCCACCGGAGGAGCGUCCGAUUGGUUCUACAGUAUGAAAGCAAACACAGGGAAGCCUCACAGAGCUGCUGGCAUUACCAUUGAGCUAAGAGACACUGGAAAGUAUGGAUUUGAACUACCUCCGGACCAGAUAAUCCCGACUGGUGAGGAGAAUGUGCAGGCUAUACUUCUGUUUGCAAGCCAGCUGUAUGCUGACCCUAUUGACCCUAUUAAGAACCUAUCUCUGUCUUUGUUGGUGGCGUGUUUCCUGGCUGGGUGGUCCUCUGCUUCCAACUACAGCAGAACUGUCUCUUAUGAUGACCAACUGGUCAUAAGAUGUGACAUGCAGAGUGACAGGAUUGGCUAUCUCCUGUCUCAUGAUGAGGUAGAUGUGUGGGCAAUGACUGGAGAGCAUGCUGAUGUGAGACUCCAUUACAGUCUGUAUCAGAGUAUGAGAGACCAGCUCCCAGAGUGCACUGUCUUGCAUGCCAGUGUGGAGGCACUAGUGCAGCAGUGGGAGAAGAACAUGGAGGAGACCAGCAAGUUCAACAAGACAGCUGCAGGGUGGUUUGAAGAAUAUCAUAAAUAUGAGGACAUUGUGAACUGGUAUAAAGAGCUUGAAAGUAACUACAAAGAUAUUGUCAAGUAUGUGGCUAGUAUUGGUAAGUCAGUGGAGGGAAGAGACCUUCCUGCUGUACACAUCGGCACUGGAGCAAUGCAGAUCUACUUUCAGUGUCAGAUUCAUGCAAGAGAAUGGAUCUCUGGUGCUACCUGUAUGUACAUUGCCAACUACUUAGUCGAAAACAAAGGGAAAGAUGAGAAAGUGACCUCCCUAUUGGAUAAUGUGGAGUUCAUAUUCGUGCCAUUUGUGAACCCUGAUGGAUAUGCGUACACCUGGGCAGGAGAUCGAUUGUGGCGCAAAAACCGUCAGACUAAUUCUGGUUCGAGUUGUAGAGGAGUGGACCUGAACAGAAACUAUAACGACCAUUGGAAUGGAGGUGGCAGUUCCGGUAAUCCUUGCAGUGAAACAUACCAUGGGCCAAGUGCUGAAUCUGAGCCAGAAACACAAGCUACUGCAAAUUAUUUCAGGGAUCAGAAGGACAUCAUUGGUGCUAUUGACUGGCACUCCUACAGUCAGCUCAUUCUCAGGCCUUAUGGGUGGACUAAUGCCGACUGUCCAGAUGAGGAGCAACUAAAGCAGCUUGGUGCCGAUAUGAGCACUGCAAUAAAAGGUGUGCAUGGACAAGUAUACACAUCGCAAAAAUCCAUUGGACUCUACAUUACAACCGGAACAGCUUCUGACUGGUUUUAUAGCGACGAUGCAAAUGUGAAUAAUGCUCACAGAGCUGCUAGUUUGACCAUUGAGCUCAGAGACGAUGGGCAAUAUGGAUUUUUACUACCUCCAACCCAGAUAAUCCCCACGGGAGAGGAGAAUGUGCGAGGUGUACUUGCGUUCGCAAAAGAGCUCCUGAAGAACCCAUUGAAGAAGAAUAAGAUAUUCUAACUGUACAGAAAUAAGUAGUUUAUUGAAAGACUAGGAAUAGUAUACCUAUACUGUAUAGC